UACCAUCGUACGUCUAUGGUGCACGUCCAGCCUCAGACUCGCUGUAGAGAGAAGUCACGCCCCUUCCCGUCUCGCCUCUUCCUCCCCACAAUUCUUUGCGCGUUUGCGUCCUCUUCCUUUCCCUUUUUUUUUCCAGGCGCCGCCGACGCCGCCAUGGGAGUUGAUAUUCACCACAAUAAGGACCGGAAGGUUCGACGCAAGGAGCCUAAAAGUCAGGAUAUCUAUCUUCGCCUCCUGGUCAAGCUCUACAGAUUUCUUGCUCGAAGGACCAAUGCAAAAUUCAACAAGGUGAUACUCAAACGGCUCUUUAUGAGCCGCACCAACAGGCCGCCGCUGUCUGUAUCCCGUAUGAUCCGUAAGAUGAAGCUUGCAGGCCGGGAAAACAAAACCGCUGUUGUGGUGGGUACAGUGACAGAUGACGUUCGCAUCCAGGAAAUCCCCAAACUGAAGGUUUGUGCCCUCAGAGUGACUAAAGGAGCCCGUACCCGCAUCCUAAAAGCUGGCGGACAGAUCAUGACUUUUGACCAGUUAGCCAUGGCUGCCCCCAAGGGCCAAGGAACUGUGUUGCUUUCUGGACCAAGGAAGGCCCGUGAAGUUUACCGGCAUUUCGGCAAGGCCCCUGGAACCCCACACAGUCACACUAAGCCAUACAUCCGAUCCAAGGGCCGCAAGUUUGAACGGGCUCGAGGUCGCCGUGCCAGUCGAGGCUACAAAAACUAAAUUCGUUCUUGAAAUUUUGAGGGCUGACGUUACAGGAUUAAAUUUGCAAUGCUGAGUAUAAGUUAA